UCCACGUCCGAGGCUCCACAGUAUGGAGAGACGGAGACAGAGGUGGACGCGUUUCUGUGUGGGGAGAGCCAAACUGUGACACGGGAAUAAAAAAUAAAUAAACAGAGUAGCCUAUGUAGACAAGAAGAAGUUUUAAAGGGACAACAAUGUGUGCGCGAGGGUUUCUAUUUCACUGAUCCUGCUCCGUGGCGUCAAGUUGCACACAGGAGCAGGGGACAAGUUUCAGAUGGACAGACACUUGGAGCAACAAGCAUGGGAUUAUUUUUGUAAUGUGGAUCGCUACUCUCAGUCAAGAAAAUAAAGGUCUGCUGCGGAACAAUGUGAGACGUUGUGCGUCUUGGAUUCUCGUGUUUCUGGAUAUUUUGAAAAUCAUUGGCAACAGUUGAGAAGGAAGAAGUUAUGCGCAAAGCACUGAACGCUGCGACCCCGGGAACCAACAUGGAAUUGCCAUUACCACAACCCCCUGCCCCCUUUUUAGACAAGUUUUAGCCGGCCCGCUUGUGUUGUUGUUGUUGUUUGUUUAUUUGCCUGUUUGUCAUUGUAAACUUCAUGUUUGAGAAGAAAUCGCCACAUUGGCCUCUUGGAUUUUAAAACCUCGCCUGCCUUUGGAUUGGAUUUCAAACACGAUGAACUUUAUUGACAGUUUGACACUAUUAUUUUUGACGCUGUCAGCUGUCAAGAGUGCCCACAUACCGAAGGAAACAGAAAGAGGUGCACAUGUGAUCCCUUUAAUGGAGGUCUACAACAAGAGUUUGUGCCAGCCGCGGGAGCUGCUGGUGGAGAUCCUGCAGGAGUAUCCAGAGGAGGUGGAGCACAUCUUCAUCCCGUCCUGCGUGGUGCUAACGCGCUGCGCCGGCUGCUGCAAUGAUGAGAUGCUGCAAUGCACGCCCACAUCCAGCUAUAACAUAACAAUGGAGAUUAAAAGAAUAAAACCCCAAAGGCAACAAAAUGAUAUUUUCAUGAGCUUUACAGAACACAGCGCAUGUGAGUGUAGGUUAAAGAAAGAAGUGAAAGAACCGAGAGAAAAAAAAUCCCGGAAGGGCAAGGGUAAAGGCCUAAAGAGAAAACGAAAGAAAAACCGUGACAAAACAAUUCACGAUGCUGUUUGUGAGCCAUGUUGUGAUCAGUGCUCGGAGAGGAGGAGGCGUUUGUUUUUGCAAGAUCCCGUAACAUGCCGGUGCUCCUGCAAACACACCGAUGAAUACUGUAGAGACCGCCUGCUAGAGCUCAACGAGAGGACCUGCAAAUGUGACAAGCCCAGAAGAUGAGAGAGGUGGCAGCACCAGAUGUACAAGAUGAAGGAAUAUUCUAGAGAUAUUUCACAGCACAGCACUUUGACCUUUUAACCCUAAGCUCUUCUUUUCUGUGGAAAGCAUUCCCCUUGGACUGAUUGAGAGAGAACGAAAAGAGACUCAAGUUCCUCCCACUGUAUAUCUGUGUGUACAUAGACCAUAAUAAAGAAAAAAAAGAGUACAGAAUUGUUAUGCUGCUACAGAAACUUAUAACUAAACCCAUCAUUUUGACAAAAAGCAAAUAGCCGCCAUGUGGUUGCAUUUCUAACAGGCUUGCAAUGCAGGUGUACAGUCUUGUUGUCGAUUCAUUGAAUGCAAUUACUUCACUGGAUAUGAGUCUACUGUGGUUGUGUGUCAAUCAUAAAUUGCAAAACCUCUCAAUCUAAGAUAUAUUUAACUGCUAAAACAGCGGGUGAGGCCCUAGAGGACAUGGGAACGCUCUCAUUUCAGAAGAGAUGGAUGGAUUUUAUGACGGUCAUUGUCUACGUUUGCUUUUUCGGGGCAUAAAAGCAAGACUUGCGGAGCAGCUGAUGGAAAUCUGUCUCGACAUGAUGUCGCCCUCCUUCCCUGUGAGGACAUUGCAGGACUGAUGUGGACAUACACAAUGUCUCUAUUGUGAGCAGCUUGCAAGGAGAAGAGACUCCAGAGUGCCAUAUACUUUUAAAAGGGAUACUGGUUAUCAAUAUAGCAUCUAUUGUUUUGCUAUGUCCUACAUGAAAACCACUGAAAACAUCAUAUACUGUUGUGUGAUUCCAUUUGAAAACUGUGCCUCACAAAAUGUACUGAGAAAUCUUUCGAGUGCUUUUUAAAUUAUUUUGUUUCCUUUUUCAGGAGAGGGGAUUGUCAAAGUAGUUUUGUUAGCUGUUGAACUCAAUACAGAAUCCAUUGAUCCCGUAUCUUUUUCUCUGAACUUAUACAUACUUAAUAACCCUUAAUGCCAUAGUCCAUGCUAGAUAAUUUAUAAUGUGUUAGAGUAUUUUUCAGUAUUCAGUCUUUACCCAUAUUUGAUUUGGUCUAUUUAUAUAUGCAGUGUUAUGUACCUGUAGCUGUCCUGCCCCCCUCCCCCCACACGUAAGGUCACUGAUGGCUACUCUCAGCAUGGACCCUCACCAUGCUUUUCUACGAAGCAGACAGUAAAAAAAUCAAAGAUGAUUUUUUAACAUUCCCUCAAUGGAUCAUUUUUACCGGUGAACUGAUGGCACCUCCUCUGGAUUUUUAAACCCCUCAUGUCUAAGAGUGUGGGUACUGUGUUCAAAUCUAUCGUGUCAAUCUGUGUAUGUGUGUGUCUGUGUGUGUGUUUCUGUGCAUUUGUUGACAUUUGUCGUCUAUGUAGAUGUUAGUAAGUUGUAUUUAAGUAUUUAAGGUAGUUGCAGGCCCAUGUGUUGUCCGUCCUUUAAGAUGCAAAUAAAAAAAACUACUGCUAGCAGCUCAGCAUAAACUACCAUGACAAAUUCUAAAUCCGGAUAACAACCUGCAUCCUCUCUGUCAUCAGUCUGCAAGCCCUCAUCAUAAGUUCUCUCUGUCUUUUCUUCGAUAUUAACAUGUCUUCUGUGUCUAUGUAAAACAGUAAAGCAUAUUUAUUUUCAAAUUAUAUUGUUUUUUAUAUAAAAUAAGGAAAAGGUUGCUGUGUUGUGAAUGCUGUGUUUUCAAAAGAUUUCAUUAGGCAACGUAUAAGAUUUCCAUGUUUUUGUGUGACAAGUUGAAGCUCACACUUAUGGAAUGUAACCUGACAAAAAAAUAGCUCAGAGAAAUAAGAAAUUCCUGCAAGCUUUUCAUGACGGACAGAUACUCAGCCUAUGAAUAAACAGCACUUUGAAGCA